CGCACAAUAAUGGAGAUACCAUUCCUGAAGUUGUUCGCUUAUGACACAGAUGUUGCGCUCUCGCUUGGCGUCAGCGGCGACACGUGCGACCUCGCGGGUGUGCACGCGUAUUCCGCCUACGAAUCCAAUUGCCACUUCUUUCUCGAGCCAGGCUUUGGACCCCGUGGCUGGUUUGCCGCAGCGACGCGUGCAGUAUGAAUCGCAUAUGCCGACGACGCCGCUGCAGAAGCUCGCCCUGUCAGUCACGUCAGCGCUGACUGUGUUCGCGAACCCGGAGCGCGGCGACAUGUUGGCUGCUCUAGGCGAAGUCACAGGUCGCGAUGCGUUGCGUCGUAUCCAUGCGCGCAUGUGUGCCGACCCUGUGGGAGCGCGUAUCUUGGCCGAGAAGCCUGUGAUCCGCAAUGAAAACAUCGACAUGGACUACCUGCGCGCGCUGCCGGCCGAGUCGUUUGGCCGUCAUUACGCCACGUUCAUGGACUCGCAUGGUUUUGACGCCGAUGGACGCUCGCUCGUGCGCUUCGUGGAUGACCCGGAGCUCGCCUACGUCAUGCAGCGUCACCGCGAGUCCCAUGAUUUCUGGCACACGCUGUUCAACGUGCCCCCGACGGUGCUGGGCGAGAUCGCUCUUAAGUACGUCGAGAUGGCGCACUCCAAGCUGCCUGUGAGUGCUCUGAGUGCAUUUGUGGGCCCGCUGCGUCUCACCAGCGAGGAACGUUGCCUUCUGAUGAAGGUAUAUGUGCCCUGGGCCAACCGCGCGUCCAAGAACGCGCACUCGCUGCACUGCGUCAUGUAUGAAGAGGAGUUCGAAACUCCAAUUGAGGAGCUACGUCAACGACUUAAUAUUGAGGUCGCUCCCUCGCUCCCUGACUCGUCUGAGCACUACAAACGCCACAAGGAUGACAAGCACUGAUGCUAUCGACUCAAAAGAACGAGAAUAUCACUCAAUUUAUGUUAAUGAGACCGAGUAUUCGCCGAAUUCACGACUUGCUCGCCCCAAACAGAUCGUACUCGUUAUCACUAUCGCGGUAAUCUUGAGCAGCAGCGUCUUUUUCGGACACACCGUGACUCUGCACACUGUUAUCUCUCCAAGUCUGAGUACUUGCGAUUUGUCCACUAAUUGGCACUGCGUGAGCUUGAGGUUGUGCUUGGUUAAAGUCGAUAGCUUCGUGAAGUGUUGGCGGCGGGGCCACAGUCUGGAGUACAGGUUCGCGUACAGCUGAACGCAUGGCAGAAGUAGCAGCAGUGGAGAUGGACAAGUCGGGAGUGCUUUGAAUAUUUGUAUCAGCUCUUGCUAUAGUCGGUGGCGGUGUCAGCGCUGGUGAUGACGAAGAUGGCCCGUGUCCACUACUCGACCGACGUGAUUGCUGGGCCGGUGACGAUAGAUUUUGCAGCUCAACUCGAGCCGGGACUUCUGGAGGCGACAUGGGACCUGGAGUAUUCGGCGAGAGAAACGGAUUGUGUGCGGCCUCGCACUGAAAAUCGUACGAGUAGUUCAUGUCCAUGAUUGGCUUCACUGGAGGCUUCUUCUUCACAGAAGUCGUCGUAUCCAGGGAGCUCAGACUUUUCGAGACUGCUUGAGUUGAUGAUGGCAAUGGAAACAGUUCGUUGUACUCAGCACUGGACUCGCUGUACACACUUCUCCCUCCAUCACUUGUCAUGCUGGCAGCAAGGCUAUUGUUCCCUGUGUACUGGAGUCGGGCAAGUUGAGCAGACGAUUUAAAGGCGGCAUAUUUCGGAAUUGAGUCAAUCUCCAAGCACUCGUACUCACCCAUACUCACAGGACUUAACGGACCCUCCGGUGUGUCUCCAUCCGACAGUGGGUACUCAGGCACUGCACCACCACCCGACGUCCCAUUCGGCAGACUCUGGACACUACUACUAGCCGAAGCACCAGCACUGCUUACCCCUUUGGCGUACGGGUCAACUGGGCGUCGAUACGAGUCCGUAAAAGGGUUCAUGGCGUCGUUAUCUGCCUCUGCUCGUGCAGAUGCUUGGGCUCUGGACGUCUGUCCAAUGGUCCCUGAUGACGUCGAUCUAGCGAACUCCUUGCUCCCAAACAUCUCGGAGAAAGCGCCUGUAAUCUCCGUCCCCAAAGCUGACAUCUCCGAGCUGAACUCUGCCGCUGUCGUCGACUGUGCUCGGACUACAUGUACUGGGGGCCGACCAUCCGAUCCUGCAGUGCUAGUAUCUUUUCCAUUCACAGGCGCAUUCUUCAACGUGACAGUUGUCGAUAAUAUCUGCAGAUAGGCGUCCAGAUCUUCGCGACAGCCUUCGGCGCCCACUUGGCCCGUCACAGCGUACUCCGUCAGCAGCGUGUUGGCCAGCAACACGAGCUCGCUGAUCUGGUUCAGCCGCUUCUCCAUUUUACUGUUCCAAUCGCCCAUUCCUACGACCCAGCGACCUGCAUCCGCCACGUACGCGACGCUAGAUCUACAGACAGCAAUACAGAGUAUGAAUAUGAUGCUAUCCGUGCCAAGCUCUACAAUACUACAUCUGCGACUCACUCUAACUCGUCGCGAAUCUCGUCUCGGUACUCGUAGCAGCGCUGGAAUAGCAGCGUCGCUGUGUCCAUUACGCCUGAGCGAUUGCAAUACAAGCAACGAUCUGUCAGUGAAUGCACAAAGAAGUUGUCGAUCGAUGGCAACGUACACGUUGGCAAGUUCGGCCCCAUCCGUUGGAAGAACUUUUCGAAGUAAAUCACCUGUCAGUAGGCCACAUACACCACCAUUUACAAUGCACAUCGUUGGGUUAUUGUGUCCUUCUGCAAGGCGGCGGCAGUGUGGAUGCAGCAUACAGGAUGGCGCUUACCUUCUUCAUGAAAGUGGCGAGGUGCUCUUCCACGCGGGCGAUGGCUGUCAUCGACUUGCCGAUACUCGAGAUUGACUGGCCGGCGCUGAAGAUCGACGUCAUGGCGACUCAACGGGGAUAUAUAGAGAGAGGAGAGCAGAAGCUGCGUGGGCAGGCGGAGUCGAUGGAGUCGGUGAUGGAGCUCCUGCUUGCGCUUGGUGUUCUUCAGAAGCCGAAAAAUCCCAUAGUAUAGGUUUUGAAAGACUUACAACAAUCAAGUGAGAGGGACAUUAUGCAUUAACAGAGUGCUGAUUGAAGUGCGUGUCAAGGUUGAA